AAAAACACUGAAGCCACUCUUCUGGCCAACAGAUAAUUUCAACACACUUAUUCAGAGGAUAUACAGUAAAGCCAUGGGUCACCUGUUAAUAGGGCUGUUGGUUUUGUUUUCUCUCCAGAGCUCAGCACUCGCCUCCCAAAAUGACUCAGAGCUGCUGCCGCGGACUUUUUCUGGUCACUUUGUGAUGGUCACUGAUGAUCCUGUAGACUACAUUGACCUUUCUGCGUUGGACGGUCUGAUGGACGACACAGGGUCUGGCUCAGAAUCAGGGCAGGAGCCGGUGAAAAGACACGGCCACCACGGCCCACACCGUCAACCCCAGAAGCACUAUUUUGUCUCAGAGGAGGCUAAAGGUUUUCUCAAGGGUCGCCUGGCAACAAGCGUUGUCCCGACCAUUUACACCCUUGUCUUCAUCAUCAGCGUGCCCCUCAACCUCAUUACUAUGGUGAUGUUUGUGCAUCACAUCCGUCCCAGGAAACCAGCAGUGAUCUACAUGCUGAACCUGGCCUGCGCUGACCUGCUGUUUGGCCUGCUCCUUCCCUUCAAGAUUGCCUACCAUUACCAUGGCAACAACUGGAUCUAUGGCUCCUUCAUGUGCAGAGUUGUCACAGCAGCCUUCUACUGCAACAUGUACUGCUCUGUCCUGCUCAUGACGUGCAUCAGCAUCGACCGUUUCCUGGCCGUGGUUUACCCCAUGAACUCGCUGACGUGGCGCAGCCCUCAGACAGCUUCAGCCGUGUGUGCUGCCAUGUGGCUGUUAGCCCUCGGGGGAGUGUCCCCUCUGCUGGUCUCAGGGCAGACCAUGUAUUUGUCAGACCUGGGCAUUACCACCUGCCAUGAUGUGCAGGAUGUGGAAAAACUGCAAGCUUACUAUCUUUACUUCUUCCCCAUCUACUCCUCUGUCUUCUUCUUCAUCCCUCUUGUCUUCACUGUUGUCUGUUAUGUACGUAUUAUCCAGGCUCUGGCAGCAGCCAAUGUGGAGAACCGCUCCAGGAAGACUCGGGCUGUGGUGAUGGCUGUGAUCGUGCUGAUGGUGUUUGUGGUCUGUUUCACUCCCACCAACAUCAUCCUGAUGGUUCACUAUGUUCAGCUGUCCCACAAGUCCAGUGACAGUUCGUACCAGGCGUACCUGAUCUCCAUGUGUCUAGGCAGCCUCAGCUGCUGUGUGGAUCCAGUCCUCUAUUACUUUGGCUCUUCUCAGUGCCAGAAGCAGGUGGCAGCACUGUUCAGAUGUAGGCAACUGGCACGGGCAGAGAGCAGCUCAGAGACACAAAGUACGAGAACCAGUGGGCGGACAGACAGCAGCAGGUUAUGCAAGAUGGAGAGCGCUCAAACUGGCCUGGGGAGCCAUUACAGCAGGCUGGUGGCUUAAGUGCAUGGACAUGAGGAGACUGGUCAGUCUGAGAAACUGCAAACUUGCACAUACACCCACAGCAUAAGACUCCCAUCUGUAUUUGAAACAUUACUAAGGACAUGGUUGGGUUGGAUCAAAAGAAAUAAUACAAAACUAUAACUGUUUACUGUUUAUUUUCACUUAAAUUGGCUUAUUUGAUGUAUCAUUUUUUCAUUAAGAGCCAGUUCACUUUUCGUUAUUUUGAAAUCAUAAAAUAUAUCCACCGCCAUGACAGUGUGUGAUAUGUUAAAUCAACUUCACAGCCACUAAAGCAGAAAUUUGUCUUUUCUGAUUUUUGUUUCAUAUCCUUGUUUUCAAUAAAUCAUAGGAAUUAAACAGUUAGUGUGUAAUAUUAUUAUUGUCAAUAAUAGCGUAAUAAUAGCGUAAAAGCAUAAUUAUAAGAAAGACAAAAACAGCUGUUAUAGGUUUUUAUAAGUGAAUAUGUAAAAUCAUUAAUCACUUGUAUUGGUAUUCAUGAAGCCAAAAAAAUGUGUGUAAAUACCAGGGUUUGUGCUAAAGCAUAUAUAAUUCAAUCAGAACAAAACUACUACAUUAUACAUAUUUUGCUUAAUACAAAAGUUGCUUUAUCUCUUGUCCUUUUUUAUUGCUGCUCACUCUCUUUGUCGUCAGGACACAGCUCUGAAACACAGGAAGACAAAAAAAAGAUAAACUUUGAAAUCUUUGAGAGAAGAACAGAACAAAGUGAGUACCACAGUUUCCCUGAAGGCUCCACCUCCAUUUCCUGCCCAUGCACAUAGUACUUCAUUGAAUUACUCCAAACAUAAUGAAGGUACAUAAUAUAUAAUCAUAUUUAAAUAAUGCAUUUCAAUACAACAUCUCCACCUUGUGGAAAGUUGUGUAAGUUGUAGCAUCCAGUAAAGAUUAAGAAGGAAAUGGUUGAGAAAACUUUGUUCACUAAUUAGUUACUGACCUGUUUCGCCAUCGUAGCUAUGGAAGUUCUCCGGGAAGUUCAGACACCCAACUUGCUUCUUGAAAAUUUCAACAUUUUUGGGAUCUAUUUUUCCUGUCCUUGCUGAAAGAGGGGGGAUAUUUUUUUUUAGUUAAAAAAAGGACUGUACAUAUCUUAAAACUCCAAAUGUGUUGAUGAGGACAAAACUUACUGAACUGCAGGAUGUAUCUACCAGUGACAUCCCCAUUUCGAAAGGUGUCUGUCCACAGCAGGCAGUCAGAGCAAGUCUGUAGGAUAUGUCCUUUGUGCUCUGACAGAUUUUCUUUAAAACCAGAGUGACUGAUUAUUAUAUGACAUCUGAUGUUGUGGAUAUCUUUGUCAUUUGUCUAAAGAUAAAUCUCUGCCUUACA